AGCAAGCAACAUGGUCGGCUCUGGCGCUCGCACCCCGGUUCACGGCGCAAAGACGGCUCUCAAUGAGCUCGACGACAGGCGCAUUCGCGCCAUCCGCCCUCUCAUCCCGCCUCAGAUUCUGAUGGAGGACUACCCGCUCAGCUUCCAAGCUGCGGCAACUGUCCUCGACGGGCGCAAGAGCGGCGAGGCCAUCCUCAAGGGCGAGGACGACCGCCUCCUCGUCGUCGUCGGCCCUUGCUCCAUCCACGACGUCCGCGCCGCGCUCGAGUACGCCAAGCUCCUCAAGGCGUACGCCGACGAGGCGUGCGACGACCUGCUCAUUGUCAUGCGCGUCUACUUCGAGAAGCCGAGGACGACGGUCGGCUGGAAGGGCCUGAUCAACGACCCGCAGCUCAACGGCACGUACCAGAUCAACAAGGGCCUGCGUCUCGCGCGUGGCCUCCUGCUCGAGAUCGCCAACAUGGGCAUCCCGACCGCGUGCGAGCUGCUCGACACCAUCUCGCCCCAGUUCAUCGCCGACCUCGUCUCGUGGGGCGCGAUCGGCGCAAGGACGACCGAGUCGCAGGUUCACCGCGAGCUUGCUUCGGGCAUGUCCAUGCCGAUCGGGUUCAAGAACGGCACCGACGGCUCGCUCCAGAUCGCCAUCGACGCCAUCGGCGCCGCAGCGUCGUCGCACUCGUUCCUCUCGGUCACGAAGCAGGGCAUCUCGGCGAUCGUCGAGACGGACGGCAACCCGGCGUGCCACGUCAUCCUUCGCGGCUCGAACAGCGGGCCCAACUUCUCGGCGGAGCACGUGCAGAAGGCGGCCGAGGGUUUGCGCAAGGCGGGCGUGUCGGACAAGGUCAUGAUCGACUGCUCGCACGGCAACAGCAGCAAGCAGCACCAGCGCCAGGUCGUCGUCGCCGAGGACAUUGCGCGGCAGCUCGGCACGACCGAGACGGGCCAGAACAUCAUGGGCGUCAUGAUCGAGUCGCACCUCGUCGAGGGCAAGCAGUCGAUCCCGGCGACCGGUCCGGCCAACCUCACCUACGGCCAGUCGGUGACGGACGCCUGCAUCGACUGGCAGACGACCGUCUCGACGCUCGACACGCUGCGCCAGGGCGUCCAGCAGCGCCGCAAGCUCGCCGGCGAGUCGAACACGCGCAAGGGCAUCGAGAACCGCGCGCUGCCGACCGCGAGCGAGCGCGCCGCGAGCGCCGACAGGGGCGACUUUAACAGCGUCGAGACGUUUGCGCGUGCGUGAGCGGGGGCCGCGAGUCGUCGAGGUCGGUGUCGAGGAGCAGUAGCGGGUGUGCGGGACGAGGACGACCUGUAUGUAGAGCUUGACUUUCCCUCGCCGCAGCGCACCCUGUGUUUUAGCAUGCCCCUUCUCGCUUGUUGCGCUUGCUGUAGCGUCAGGAGGACCCCCCUUUGCCUCUUGCGAAAAGAGCCCCGUUAGCGGCUC